CUUGAAUUUCCACACAUUCAACGGCCAAACCGAAAAAUGCUGGCUAUUUAUUUAUAUAAAUUCUUCAUAUAUAAUAAAGGCUCAGCCAGGUCCCUCAUCUGAGUCAACUCAGUACUAACUCGUAAAGUCAUAAGAAGUAUCGCCCAACACUCACUCGCUCUUAAGAAAACCCCAAAACUGCGUCCCUCUCCUUGACGAUCUCCACGAAGCUCCAGCUGCAGCCAUUUCUCUCUGUCUCUCUCGCAUUGUCCGAUAAUAACACUCACAUCAUCUCUCUCCGCCUCCAUUCUCUAUCAAAGCGCCUCUCAGAUCCUUCUCUCUGCGUGAUCUCAGCUCCUCCUCUCUCCACUGCUUUCCGAUUCACAAGUUCUGGAGCUGUACUUGAGAAUUAGAGAUCUGAUUGGCGAGGCUAUUGUAUAAUUUGGAGAGGUUUGGAGAAUGGCUUCGAUAUCUCAUUCUUCAUUGGCGUUCACUGGAACAAGCUCUGCUUCCGAUAUUUUUCGGAGUUCCAGUAAUGGCGUCAGUGGAGUUCCUCUAAGAGCCCUAGGGAAGGUACGAUUGGGCAUGAGGAGGAACCUUGCCGUCGUCGCCAAGCUUAGGAAGGUGAAGAAGCACGAGUACCCUUGGCCUGAGGAUCCCGAUCCCAAUGUUAAAGGAGGAGUGCUCACUCAUCUCUCCCAUUUCAAGCCGCUGAAAGAAAAGCCCAAGCCGGUUACUUUGCCAUUUGAGAAGCCACUUGUUGAUAUCGAAAAGAAGAUCAUUGAUGUGCGGAAGAUGGCAAAUGAAACUGGGCUGGACUUCAGUGAUCAAAUUAUUUUGUUGGAGAAUAAAUACAACCAGGCUUUAAAGGAUUUAUAUACGAAUCUGACUCCUAUACAACGUGUGAAUAUUGCACGACAUCCUAACAGGCCAACUUUCCUUGAUCAUGUCUUCAACAUUACUGAUAAGUUUGUAGAGCUUCAUGGAGACCGGGCAGGGUAUGAUGAUCCUGCUAUUGUCACUGGUAUAGGAACUAUAGAUGGUAGAAGAUAUAUGUUCAUGGGUCACCAGAAAGGUAGAAAUACAAAGGAGAACAUUCAGCGUAAUUUUGGGAUGCCUACUCCCCAUGGUUAUCGGAAGGCUAUGCGCAUGAUGUACUAUGCAGAUCACCAUGGGUUCCCCAUUGUUACUUUCAUUGAUACCCCGGGUGCAUACGCAGACCUUAAAUCAGAGGAACUGGGCCAAGGUGAAGCCAUAGCUCACAACUUGCGGACUAUGUUCGGCCUGAAGGUACCAAUUGUCUCUAUUGUCAUUGGGGAAGGUGGCUCUGGUGGUGCCCUUGCCAUUGGCUGUGCUAAUAAGUUAUUAAUGCUUGAAAAUGCAGUUUUCUAUGUUGCCAGUCCAGAAGCAUGUGCAGCAAUCUUGUGGAAGAGUGCCAAAGCUUCUCCAAAGGCAGCUGAAAAGCUGAAGAUUACUGCAACUGAGUUGUGCAAGCUGCAAAUUGCAGAUGGCAUCAUCCCUGAGCCGCUUGGUGGCGCACAUGCAGAUCCCUCAUGGACCUCUCAACAGAUAAAAAAUGCAAUUAACAAAGAAAUGGAUGAGCUUCACAAGUUGGACACAGAAGCACUGUUAAAGCAUCGCAUGAUGAAGUUCCGGAACAUUGGUGGGUUUCAAGAAGGAAUUCCUAUAGAUCCAAAGAAGAAAAAGAACAUGAAGAAGAAAGAUGAGCCCAUUAAUGUAAAGACUCCAGUUUUGGAUUUGGAGGGUGAGGUUGAAAAGGUGAAACAACAAAUUUUGAAAGCCAAAGAAUCCUCUAAUGAACCUCCAAUGUUGCCUCUGACUGAGACGAUAGAAAAACUGAGAAAGGAAGUGGAUACUGAAUUUUCAGAGGCGGUUAAAGCCCUGGGCUUGAAAGACAGGUUUGCGACAUUGCGUGAGGAAUUUUCAAAAGUAAAUGCACAGAACCAACUCUUGCAUCCAGCUCUAAAAGAAAAGCUUGAAAAACUCAGGGAGGAAUUUAACCAGGGGUUGUCGUCAGCUCCUAAUUAUGAAGACCUAAAAUAUAAACUUGACAUGUUGAAGGAAUUAUCAAAAGCAUAUGACCUUGCAGAGAAGAACAAGAAGGCUGCAAAACUGAAGCAGGAAGUUAACAAGAAAUUCAGUGAGAUCAUGGAUCGCGAAGAUGUUAAGGAGAAAGUUGAGGCACUUAAGGCUGAGGUUGAAAAUUCUGGGGUGUCUAACUUUAAUGAUUUGGAUGAUAACCUGAAGGGGAAAAUUGUGGAAUUAAGGAAAGAAUUAGAGUUUGAAUUUAUUGAUGUUCUCAAGUCCUUGGGUUUGGAUGUUGAGUUAAAAUCAAAGCCAGUUGAGCAGACUUUGCCGUCAGAAGUUAAAACCAAGAUAGAAGAAUUGAACGAAGAAAUUAAUGACAGGAUUGAAAAUGUUAUCAAUUCAUCCGACCUGAAGGACAAGAUUGAGCUGCUGAAGUUGGAGGUUGCUAAGGCAGGGAAGACACCUGAUAUAGCAGCCAAAAACAAAAUUGUGGCCUUGGAGCAACAAAUCAGACAAAGCAUAGCAGCAGCUGUGGAAUCUUCAAAUCUAAAAGAGAAGCAUGAGAAGCUGAAGGCCGAGGUUUCCAAGACCAUUGAAUCUUCUGGAGGAUUGGAUGGAAGUUUGAAGACGGAAAAUCCAAAUGAAGAUUCUUUCUCUUUUGAUGAGUCUAGAGUAGUGGGUGCAAAUCGCACCUUCGGUUAAUUACCUCUUUUACUCUGCCUUUUGCGGAUAUGGUGCUGGAGAGAUGAUUGUUCAAAACAGAUAGAAGUGAUUUCAAAAAAUGGACAAAUAGGGAAACCAAAAGCUGUUGCUACUGCCUGUUAGCAUCCUUUGACAUCUUGCGGUAGCGUACAAGUUUUGCAUCUACGAAGAACAAGGAGGAGAUACAUUUUAGCUCCAUCAUUUACUGCUUGAACUUUUUAAUAUAUCUAGGUAUCUAUAAUUUAUUUGAUUUUACUUUUUUUCUUGGUUGAGUGCAUUUCUCUUUUUAUAUAUAUACUCCCAACAAUUUCAGUUGCUCUUUUUAUAGAUUCGGAUCACUUUGUAUAGCUUGUGUGGGGAUGCAAAUAAAUUGUUUUCAAUACUUAUUUCCUCUUAACCCCCAUUGUUUUAUCAUUAAGGCAAUACGAUGAGUUGCAAACGCCUCAGUCAGUACUGAUCAGAAUAUUUGGCCCCUUUUU